AUGAUGAUGCUCCUGCCGCUCCUGGGGGUCCUGCAUCUGCUGUACCGUCCAGCUCUCUCCCUGAGGCAGCCCAGUGCUGAUUACUGGGGAGACUAUGGCGCGUAUGGACCAUGUAGCAGAACCUGUGGAACCGGAGUCGCUUUGAGAACCAGAACCUGUGUAACCAUGAGGACAGAUGCUGGACACAACUGUGUUGGACCUUCCAAGUCUUACAAGACCUGUAACACACAGCCAUGUGCAGCUGGAGCCACGGAUUUCCGGGAGGAGCAGUGUGCCCAGUUUGAUCGUAGGGACUUUCAGGGGAAGCGUUAUGCAUGGAUGCCAUACUAUGGAGCUACAAACCCCUGUGAGCUGGUGUGUGUGCCCAGAGGAGAGAACUUCUACUAUCGCCACAGGGUCACUGUGGUGGAUGGCACACCCUGUUACGUGGGCCACAGUGACAUCUGCGUGGAGGGAGUCUGCAGAGUGAUGACUCAUGGGGAAAUUCUGAGUUUGGAGACAGGUCCUUCAGCCUCGUCUGUCCCCUCACGGCCCUCUGUUUAUGAACCCUCAGCUCCCAUCAGAGAGAUAUACAGAUACACAGUGUCCGCGUUCUCCGAGUGCUCUGCCUCCUGUGGCGAGGGCCUGCAGACUCGCACGGUGCAAUGUGUGACAGAUGGCUCAGGUGUGCCCCGUGUGGUGGACGACUCUUACUGCACCUCUCAGGGCCUCACCCGGCCCCACGAGCAGAAGCACUGCACUGGCAUGGCCUCCUGCGCCGAGUACAGCGUCUCCAGCUUCAGCACGUGUUCGGCCUCAUGCGGAGAGGGAACCCAGCAGCGGGAGGUCUACUGUGUGGGGGCGCGCGGCGAGAGGCUGCCGGAGUCGGCCUGUGCCGGACGGCCUCGUCCAGAGGAAGUGAGGACGUGUCAGAGGGCCACCUGCCAUCAGCACAUCAGUUUCCACGUGGCAGACUGGAGUCUGCUCUCUCUUUUUUGCUCUCUCUCUCCCUUCCUCCUCCAGUGUUCUAUGAGCUGCGGGUCAGGUCGUAGGGAGAGGCGUGUGGUGUGUAUGGACCAAGACCAGUUUGAGUUCCCAGAGGAACGCUGUGCAUCUCAGUUUAAGCCCUUCACCGUAGAGAGCUGCAACACACAGUCCUGCCCCGGAGAACAGACGGUCCCCAGUGUGCCAAACCCCAGAGGAUAUGAUGGCUCUCUGCGUGGAUUUGUGCCUUACACAUCAGAAGUGGACCAAGCUCCCCGUCCCUCUGAGCCGUACAUCCCAGUGGUUGGUCCCCAUUGUGGCCAGUCCUACUAUGGCUGCUGCCCUGACGGCCACACUACCGCCACUGGACCCAGAUCAGAGGGCUGUGCCCAGGAUGACUGCAUCAGGACCAGGUUUGGCUGCUGUCUGGAUGGGGUGACUGCAGCUCAGGGUUUUGGCUACGCUGGAUGUCCCGACUACCAGCCUCCGGUUGCCCCCCCAGCCCAAAGCGACGUGUGCUCCAUGCCUCGUGAGGUGGGCCCCUGCCGCGAUUGGAUCUCCCGCUUCUACUUCGACUACUCCCAGAGAACCUGCAACCACUUCUGGUAUGGCGGUUGCCAGGGCAACGGCAACACCUUCCUGUCCAUGGAGGCGUGCCAGAGGCAGUGUGGGGGUGUGGCUCCACCCCCUCAGUCUCCUCCUGCCACUGGCCCAGCCCGGAGAUCUUUUGUCAGAGUGAGGCUAUCCAGACGCAGACCAUAUCGUUCCAGCGAAUGAGAAGAGAGA